UCCGGAGGAAAAGACGCAACCACGGGGGAAAAAUCAAGCGUAAACGUUAGUCGCUCAAACGUGUAAUCGCCUGGAAAAUCGCCGCAACAAACGGAUCGAUUUGUCCAUCAGAAACUUGUUGAAUUUUGAAGCCAGUUCGCUGUUUCUUGAUAAUCGUUGCGUUUGUGGGGCUCUGCGAUAUACAUGUUUUCGGAUCAGUUCACCGAGACGUAGCAAGCAAACUCAGCCAGCUAAGGUGUGAUGAAGGACCGGUUGGCCGAUCUGACAGUCAGCAGCAAGAAUGGGAGAGAUGAUGUCACUGUCCCGGUGGAGAGGGAGUCCUUCAUGGAGGGAUUCUUCAGAAAGGUGGAGGAGACUCGACGGCUCAUUGAUCAGAUCGCCUCACAGGUGGAAGAGGUGAAGAAGAAGUACAGCUGCAUUCUGUCAGCCCCUGACCCCGAUGACAGGAUGAAGGGCGAGCUGGAGCGUCUCAGCGAGGACAUAAAGAAGAACGCCCGCACCGUGCAGGCCGGCCUGAAGACCAUGCAGCAGGGUCUGCCCCAGGAUGAGGACGCAAUCAGGGCCUCCGUGAAUCUCCGCAUCCAGAAGACUCAGCACUCACAGCUGUCGCGCCGGUUCGUGGAGGUCAUGACCCUGUACAGCGAGGCACAGGUGGCCUUCAGGGAGAAAAGCAAAGGCCGCAUCCUGAGACAGCUGGAGAUCACUGGAAAAUCGACCACCAACGAGGAGCUGGAGAAUAUGCUGGAGAGUGGGAAUGCCUCCGUGUUUAUCUCUGAUGUGAUCUCGGACUCCCAGAUCACGCGGCAGGCCCUGAACGAGAUCGAGUCGCGACACCAGGACAUCUUGAGGCUGGAGUCCAGCAUCAGGGAGCUGCACGAGAUGUUCCAGGACAUGGCCAUGCUGGUGGAGACCCAGGGCGAGAUGAUCAACAACAUCGAGAAGAACGUGAACAAUGCAGCGGAGUACGUCGCCCGGGCCGAAAAGGAGACCAAAAAAGCCGUUAGGUACCAGUCUAAUGCCCGCCGGAAAGCUCUCUUUCUCGCUAUUUUUGUGUCAGUGGGUGUCAUCGUUUUAGCCAUCAUCAUUGGGACCACGGUGUCGUAGUGGCGGUCCCCUCUGGCUAAACGAAAAGAGAGGAAAAUAAGGAAAAACGGGAGGAGCGGAAAAUAGAGGGGGCUCAGUGGGGUGCCCGGUGGUGUGUGCGCAGAGUGCAGUGGUACUCCUCCAGCUCUGAAGAACAGACCCUUCCCGCUAACCUGAAUCCUCUUGGCCAAUGGGAUGCCAGGGUCCUGGGGGAGAAGCCAGCUCCUGCUUUUCCUGUUGAGAUUUCCCAGGACAGCAUCUGUGUUCAGUGUCUGUAAUCUCAUGCGCUUCACUCACUCUGCUAUACCAGAACCGUGUUCAGUUAGCAGGGUUUUUGAAAAUGUAUUUUAAAAAUCAGUAACAUGAUGCACACACACAGACACACAGAUACACAGGCACACACACGCACACACACACCAAGCAUGUGAUUUCCUUUGUCUGGUUCACCAUGCCUUUCCUUUUUUCCUGAUUGAUUUGGAUUAGUAAACAACAGUUGACAUUUUUCUUUUUUCUGGUGAUGUGCUGCCUACCUGCUCCACUAGGGGGCACAGCUAUCAUACAGACCAGCUUUGUGGAGGCCUGCCCAGGACGAGCAAUCUCCUUUGCUUGCUCGCAGUCGUCAGAUUAGAGCAGAUGCUGGCAUGUAUGCACUGAUCUUUUUGUCAUUAGAUGGACUAAAUAAUUAGAUUAAGGCAUCCACGGGAUAUGAAGAUCAGUGGAUCUGUCUCUAAACUGAUCCUGUUGAGCAAGCAGCAUGUCAGCUCUUUGCAGUCUGAGUCACUCGUAUUUUUUAAUAUUUUUUAUUCCCCACGCACUCUAAGCUUAUUCCUGUGUAAUAUUAGACCCAUGUUUAUAUUGUAAUAUUAUUUUGCAGCUUGUAAUUUUAUUUGUAAAA